AUGGAGGCUGAUCGAGCCGGUAAGAGAUCCGUGGUGAGGAAAAGGUCAGGGGAGGAUGAUGGCGGCGAUGUCAGUCUAAAGAAGGGCAUGUGGACACCAAAGGAGGACGAGAAGCUGCUCAGGUAUGUGCGGCGGCAUGGAGAGGGGAGUUGGAACAAGGUCACCUUCGUCUGCGCCGCCGGCCCCAACACCAUUGUGGACGACGCCGACGGCAGCGCUAAUCCCCAAGCACCGCUACUCUUCGACGCGGCCGGUAACCCAUUCCCCUUGCUGCCGCUGCUAGCUGUCUCGGACUCGCCGGCGCCGCUCAACCCCUUCAGCGACGCCGCGCAAGAGCUGCACCCGUUCCCCUUCAUCGACGACCUGCAGAUCGACUUCACGGCGCUACCGUCGUACUACCAUGACGUUGUCUUAGUCGACCUCGCCAGGUGCCUGCCUCUGUUACCGCCCAUGGCGCACGGGCUCCCUUCGAUCCAAUCAGCCGCGGUCGACACCGCCGCGCUCUUCGAGACGUUCUUCCGCGAGCAGGACCAACAGCUGGCGGGUGUCGGGAUGCUCGGUGUUGGAUCCAUGCCCGAGCUGGUCUGCCACGAGGAUGACUCAGCGUGGCCGUCCGGCGGCCACGGCGGCGGCAGCCAGUCCGAAGAUGAUGCGAAGCCCGCGACAGGGAGGCUGGCAAGCGUGGCCGAUGACGAGGAGAUGCCCAACCUGCUCGUCGUCUUCCCAGGAGAACGGCUCGGCAACGACGUCAUCGCUGAGACCAUGUUCCCGGCCAUCGAUAGCGAUGACUUCAACCUCGAGGUGCAGCAGCUCAUGUCGUCCUUGCCGAUCUCUGAUGGAUAUAACUGGAAUCCAUGA